UCCAAAUUCAUUUGGAUUAGAAGCCAGUACCCCAAGUGCGCUUGCAGCAUCAAAAAAGCAGUGUUGCUCAUUAACAUGAUAGACACAGGCAAAUUUCCCCGAUUACUCUCCCGCAUACUUCAAAAGCUUCAUCUAAAGGCUGAGAGCAGUUUCAGUGAAGAGGAGGAAGAAAAACUUCAAGCUGCGUUUUCAAUGGAGAAGCAAGAUCUUCAUCUUGUUCUUGAAACAAUAUCGUUUAUUUUGGAACAGGCAGUCUAUCAUAAUCUGAAACCAGGUAUUUUGCAACAGCAGCUGGAGAGCAUUCACCUUGAUCAAGACAAAGCAGAAGCAUUUGUCAGUGCCUGGACUGCUGCAGGUCAAGAUACAAUUGAAAAGUUCAGGCAAAGGAUUUUGGCCCCUCAAAAGCUUGAGACAAUUGGAUGGCAGCUUAACCUUCAGAUGGCUCAGUCCACCCAAGCAAAACUGAAAUCUCCUCAAGCGGUAUUAGAACUUGGAAUGAGCAGUGAAGAUUCAAAGAACCUGGAGAAAGUUUUUGUGGAAUUCAGUCAUCAGGAGCUGUUUGAUUUCUAUAACAAGCUGGAGACUAUACAAGCACAGCUGGAUUCCCUUACAUGAUGUUUUUGAAGACUUGUUUCUCCAUCCUACUCCUGCCACCUCAUUAUUUUGAAUUGAAGAUAGAUUGCCAAGCUGUGUGUGCAGAUGAAUUCAAUGGGUUGCUUCCUGUAAAAUUAUAUGUCUUAUCUCCUCUUAGACCAGUAACAUUAGCUAAGGGAAAUCAUUGUUAAGAGUUCUGAGCUUCUAAUUGACUUUCUUUUAUUUUCUGAACCAACAGCAUUUGUUAAAAAUAGUUUUACUUGAGGGGGGAAAAAGAGACUACCGUUGUGUUGAUUUAUAGUUCUUUUCUGCUUUAUUACCUGUGUUGUUUGAGCCAUUACAUGUCUGAUUGCAAUUCACUCGCUAGUGAGGGAUUGGAAUAAAAUCUGUAUCAAAGUUGUUAAAAGAGUACAAAACUUAAGGAGCAACAUUAGAAGUAGUAGUUAGUAAAUAGAAUUUUCUCCAGCCAUUUGAAUUCAUUCCU